AUGGAAAGAGCAGAGGCAGAGGUACAGAGGAAGCCUAGCGUCUCCUUCACCAUUGACUACCUCCUUUUCGAGAACAGGAAACCACCUCGCAGGGACCCAGAACCAAGGGGCGAACAAGCGAGGGCAGAAGGGAGAGGCGUCGCAGAGACAGAGCAACCUGGACCUCACGCACCUCCAGAUCUCCUGGACAAACCCAACCAGUCUUACAUCGCCCUCAUUUCGACUGCCAUCCUCUCCUCGCCGGAGAAGAAGCUUUUGCUGUCCGAUAUCUACCAGUGGAUUAUGGAUAAAUACCCGUACUUCAAAAACAAGGAGAAGAGUUGGCGCAACAGCGUGAGGCACAACCUGUCGUUGAACGAGUGCUUCAUCAAAGCGGGCCGCAGCGACAAUGGCAAAGGCCAUUACUGGGCCAUCCACCCGGCCAACCUGGAGGACUUCUCCAAGGGAGAUUACCACCGGCGGAGAGCGCGGCGAAGGAUCCGCAGGAUGGCGGUGAACUUCGGCUACUACCACCCAUAUGCUUUCUAUGGACUCAGCUGCUGUUCCCCGGGCCGCUACUGCCUCUGCUGCCCUCCAUAUGCCCACGCCGGCCUCCCUGGCAUGGCUUCACCUUGCCCGCCCGGGCUCCCUCCUCUCCUGCUGCCCUCGGCUGUCUCCUGGCCUCACCCUUUCUUCUCCGGAGGAGGGAAGGAGAAAUCCCAGGCUGAGAAGAGGCUGAACUGGGCGGCCUGGAGCAGACCGCAGCUGCAGAUCGGGCCCGUCCUGGCCCACGCUAAUCUGUGACGCCUUCUCCAGCUUGCGUCCACCAGCAGCAUCUGCAUCAGAGAUGGUUCAUGGAAAAGACAAUCUUUUUAGGUGCUGCUUCUAUGGAGGAGGCCUGGGCUGAAAGGUUCUCCCCAGGCCACACUGUUGGAGAGAGAGGUUUGGAGGAGAUAUUCCUAC